AUUGAUGUGCACAUGAAGAGUUUCGUUCUCUGGCGUGGUGCAGCACCACCUUUUCGCAUCAACUCCUCUCUUUUCGGAUCGUACCGACGGUGUCCACACAGCAAUGGCGAAGGUGAAAGCUCGUGAGUUGCGGGGUAAGAAGAAGGAGGAGCUGGUGAAGCAGCUCGAGGACCUCAAGCAAGAACUGGCCGCGCUGCGAGUCGCCAAAGUGACCGGUGGAGCUGCCUCCAAGCUGUCCAAGAUCCGGGUGGUGCGCAAGUCCAUCGCACGAGUGCUGACUGUCAUUCAUCAGACACAGAAGGAGCAUCUGCGGAAGUUCUACCGUGGCAAGAAGUACAAGCCCAGGGACCUGCGGCCAAAGCUGACCCGUGCCAAGCGCCGUGAGCUCACUCCCCACGAGAAGAGCUUGCGCACACGGAAGCAGGCCCGCAAGAUGGCUGCCUACCCUCCUCGCAAGUUUGCUCUUAAGCUCUGAG